ACGGUCGGUCAGCUGCCUGCGUGUUUUCCAACAUGGCAGCCCCCUUGCCCGGCAGAUGUGGCUUCUUCUUGGAGAAAAAGAAACGUUUCUGCAAAAUGAUUGUGGGGAGCGGGAAAGUGUUCUGUGGAGAGCACGCGACCAUGGAGGGAGGGGUCAGCAGGAGGAGGAUCGUGUGUCCUCUGGAUCCCAAACACACUGUGGAUGAAGACAAACUGGACAAACAUCUGAAGAAGUGUAACUCCAGAGAGAAACCCAAACCUGUGUUUUAUGUGGAGAAUAUAAAUGCUGGAUCCACUGACGGAGACGAGAUGCUCGCACAGGUGAGCCUGUGCAAGCUCAGCCACUCUCAGCUGGAGUCUCUCGUAGACAAACUUAAAGAAGGGGUCAAAGGUCUGCAGUGUGAAGUAGAGGACAGCGUUCUGUCUCAUCCAGUUGUCCAGGAGGAACUCAACAACCCAAAGAAUGGAGACUCCGCCCACAAACACCUGAAGCAGCAGUCCUCUAUUCUAGGUCACCUGGAGGAGCAGGGACUGCUGGGAAGGGGGCAGUGCUUCAUAGAGUUUGGAGCAGGUCGAGGGAAACUUUCUCACUGGAUCCAUGAAGCCCUGAAGACUCCUGACCAUCUGAAGACUCAGGAAGAACUGCAGAUGCUGCUGGUGGAGCGCUGCAGCACUCGUUUCAAGGUGGACGGGAAAAAUCAGGAUUCUGGAGUCCAGUUUGAGCGGCUACAGGUGGACAUUCAGCACCUGGACUUAAGUAAGGUUCAGAUGCUAAGACUGAAGAAAUUGCCGCUGGUUGGAGUCGGGAAACACCUGUGUGGAGCAGCGACGGAUCUGGCUCUGCGCUGCUUAUUGGGAACUUCAUGUCUAAGAGAGGAGACUGAACCGCCCCCCAAACGCCUCAAAACCUCACAACCAGCUGAUUCAGAAUGGGAUUCAACAGCAGGACCAGAUCCUGGUCCUAGUCCUGGUCCUGGUCCAGUGCUGGGCCUGGUGGUGGCUCUCUGCUGCCACCAUCGGUGCGAGUGGCGUCACUAUGUGGGUCAGCAGUUCUUCUUGGAGCGAGGACUGGGACCUGCAGAGUUCUCUGCUUUCUGUCGGAUGUCCAGCUGGGCCACAUGUGGACUCAGGCCGGCCAGUCAGGAGUCUAAGUCUCAGGUUCCAAAUGAUGACAGAGGAGAUGAUGAAGAGCAUGAACCAGUGGAGGAGACGGACGCUGUGAACAGAUUUCUGUCAUCUUCUGAGCGUGAGCAGAUCGGGCUUCUGUGUAAGCGUCUGAUUGACUGCGGCAGACUUCACUUCUUGAAGGCGAGGGGGUUCGAAGGUAAACUUUCUCAAUACGUGGACACUCCAGUGACUCUGGAGAACAUUCUCCUGACUGCUGUCCCCUUAUCCCUGUCCUGAGGACAAACUGUCUCUGAAUGAUUUUUUUUAUUAUGAAAGAAACUCACAGGAUCAAGUUGUUUGAAUGUUUGUUACGUUUUUUUAAUAAAGCUCCUCCCUCAUGUGUUCA